GCAAGACUGCCUCUUAACUGUGCUUUUAACCACAUUCACAUCACAUUCCACAUUCCAUACUCCAUACUCCACACCCACUUUUCUUUAUAUAAUCUUAUUCAACUUCUACUUUGACUACUCACUCACACCUGUGUGUGUAUGAGAGAGAGAGAAUUAAAUACUAGUAAUGGAGAUGAAAGAAGGGAAGUCAAGUAUAAAGAAGGGCUUGUGGAAACCAGAAGAGGAUAUCAUAUUGAAAAAUUAUGUAGAAGCUCACGGAGAAGGUAACUGGGCUAAUGUUUCUGAAAAAUCAGGUUUGAUGAGAGGGGGUAAGAGCUGCAGGAUGAGAUGGAAAAAUUAUCUAAGACCAAACAUAAAGCGUGGAAGAAUGUCAGAUGACGAGAAAGACCUCAUCAUCAGAUUGCAUAAGCUUCUCGGCAACCGUUGGUCACUGAUUGCUGGUCGACUCCCGGGCCGAACGGACAACGAAGUAAAGAAUUACUGGAAUACCCGUUUGAACAAGAGAAGCUCUCAAACCAAAACAACCACAAUCUGCUCCAAGAACAAGAAGAAACUCCAACAAUUUCCUACCUCCCAACCCACUCGCUGCAAAAUCUCAGAAAACGACGACGAAAGAUCGCAAGGUAGAAAAGGAGAGGACAUUACCGCCGUUAGCCCUUGGAUCGAACAUGCAAGAAGCUUCAACUUCGACACUGAACCUCCAUUGUUCCCUGCUAAUGAUGCACUACUCUUCACCGAUGAUGAGCCUUUCAUGCCCAUCUUGGAUUCCCUUGCUUUGUAUGAAGCAUUGCAAAGCAAUGGUGGAGAGGAGUACCCACAGGAGGUUGCAGGGCAUGCAACCGGUCUUUGCUAAAGGAGAAGUCAUUCCAUGCCCCAAAAGCAUGGCUAGGUGGUGAUCAAAAUCAACUUCAAUUGGUGAAAAAGGUGGAGUCCAGGAAUUCGUAGUGGCAAUUGGGAAAACAAGGAGAGGCCACGGUAUUUGUUGAUUGGUUUACGACAUGAACACGCGGUGCCUCAUGGACACCAAAUAAUUCUACCCGGUGAGCAAUCCUAGAUUUAGAAAUAAAUUUUUUUUACUAACUAUAAAUUUUUUACAAAAAAGUAAAUAGAAUGCGGUGUUUCUAGAGAAGCCCACGUUCUACCAAGAUGAACACCAAUACUAUAUUGUGUGUACUUUUUUGUGAAAAAUUUAGAGGGGUGUGCAAUAUUUAGUGGAGAGUAGGCACCAUUCAAGAUAAAAGAACAUUGCAUUGUGUACUAUAUAAAAUUUGUUUGUAGACUUUCGCUAUGUAAGCCUGAAUCAUUUUCCUUGUUUAGAUUCAA